AUGCCACACAACGAACUAGACAUGAUCGACGAGUCAGAAGGCGAACGUCAAGAGUACGCCGCGUUUCGGAAUCACUACUACGAGACGAUCUGGUCGCUUCCAUUCGCCAGCUAUCGCCUCUACGAUCUGUGCGUCGUGCAGCAGGAGUACGCGCAGCGAAUCGCCGAAGGUGACGACGUCGACAAUCUGCAAAGGGAGUGCCGCAUUCAGUUGCUCGGCCGAUUGCAAGACGCCACCCAACAUCAGCUCAUGCAUCUCAACGUGAUGCUCUACAACAACAUGUCGCGAUUCACGCGGCUCGAGCACGAUCUGCUCAUGGAGCCGCGUCGGCUCGUCAAAGAGACGAGACGCAAAAGGCUCAUUCUGAACGUGAUCGCCGAGAAUCAGCGCGAGUUCGCCGACGUGUUCGCCGAUGAGGAGGCGCCGAGAGAAAACGAGCCCGAGGCGAUGGAUGAGGGCGACGAGCAACGCGACUACCAACAGCACGCGGAUCGACACGACGACGACGACGAUGACGAUGAAAUGGAUGAGGCGAUGGAGCCGCAGCAGCGACGCGACAUGCCGAGAUACGAUGUCGAUGAGCCGAUGGCACUGCUUCCCGGCUAUCCGCACCCGAUUCCGUUCCGAGAGUUCGCGCUUUUUCGAGAAAUUCUUGGUCGAAUUCUAGAAGCUGAAGAAUACAUCGUUCCCGAGGAUCCGGUUCCAAGGGAUACCGGCAUUAAUGGCGAGAUGCACUAG